UAUUUUAAUGUUCCCCAGAGUCAACGAGUGCCGUGAGUGACUCGUAGCGAUACGCGGUCCGGUGUCGGGUGUGCUCUAGGGCAUCUCUGUGCCGGUGGCCAAAAAAAUACAUCAAAAUUAUUUUCGACUUCCCCCCUAAAAAAAUAGCAAUAAACUCGCCCGAAUCUAAAAAAUCAAACAACACUACACACCGCAAAACAGGGGAACAAUCCCUCACUCACACAGCACCGGCGCAUUAUUAACAUCACUUAUCACUCCUAUUCUCAGUUGAAAUUGAAACAGUGUCUCUCGUUACCAAGUUAUUUGCUAAUAAAAUUGUUGACAUAAAUUUUUGAUAAAUUAAAAAUCAUGAGAUAACAUUUAUUUUUAACUCAAAGAGUAAUCUAUCAAGUGUUGAAUUUUAAGUAAGAGUUUUCUAAAAACCAGUGUUUCACUGAUAAUUGUUAAGAAUUAAUCAGUUAAGGUGUAACGCGUGGUUGUGCUCAUCAACUGGCUCAAAUAACUCCGUCUGAUAGUCAAUAGUCCUGACAAUUCAAUAACAUAACCCUUCCAACAAUUCAAUCCCACCCCUCCAUAGUAAUCAACCCCAACCAAAGAAAGUGUAAUUCAUUCAAAUUCAAUCCCUCGUGUGUGGUGUUUUGUGUCGGCUAUACUCCGGUUGUCGUUUUGUGGCGCAGUGCGUGAAAUGAGCGACAAGGACCGUUCAUCUCCCACCCUCGUUGAAAACGGCCUCAAGUCGCUACUUGACCAGCCCAGUAUUUUUCCGUUAAUCGAUAAGGAAAAAAAGUAUCGAAAAGGUGUGAACAAUCCAGCCCAUCGUCCAGCAGCCAAAUUCACCUUUUUUCCACUAGUGUUCAACUUUGAUGUUUCCUUGUGCACUUUACACCAUCACCACCAUUACCAUUUGCCUUUUACCUCUAAUACCCCCAGGGAUAGGCCAACGCCAAAGAAAACUCAAGACGACUCCUGGGCUUUAUGCCAGAACUUAUGCCAGAUUUCGACAUACCGCACAUGAGAUGGAUAUUUUCGGGUUAACGCGCAGCCUUUUGUCACUUGCCAACGGGGAAAAUAAUUGCAACCAAUACCAUCGAAAAAAAAAAAAUAUCAUUUCCACUGAAAGAGGAAAGUUGAAAAUAUGUUAAUAAUUUUUACUCGAUAAUGCUUCCCAUGGAUUUAUUGUUAUCUCAGGGUGAAUAAAAGCAUUCGUGUCUUUCUAA